AUGAUUGACGAAUAUCUGAAGAUUCUAGCAAACAAUAGUCUAAUUCAAGUUUUUUCAAAAGAAAUUUAUCAAAAGCAUCAUUUUCGUUGGUGUUGUUCCCGUAGUUCAACAAUUACAGAAGUCGAAUUAAUAUUAGAUACAAAACGACAUGCAAAUGCACAAGCUACACGUAUGCUUUUAGCUGUUACAUUAUCAUUAAUUAUACUUAAUAUUCCUAAUACAAUAUAUUUUGUUUCUCUUAAUAUUUAUGAUACACGUAAAUUAAUAGGUGACCAUUCAUGUUUAGAUACUAGUGAUCGUGAUAUAGUAUUAUAUAAACUUGGAUUUUAUCCAGGCAUUAUACAAGAUAUAUUGUCGGAUUUACCUCAUGUAGUUAAUUUUUUCUUAUAUUGUUUAGCUGGAAAACAUUUUCGAAGUAUAUUUAUAAAUGAAUUUCAUUUAAUUGAACAAAAACAAAGACGUCUUACAAAUGGCGCAUCUAUCUUAAAUUCUGAUUCAAUACCAAGUUCAGGCUAUAAUCACAAUCUAGGACGUGUAUCAUCAAAAAUUUCUCCAUUAAAAGUAUGA